AUGACUACUUCUCGGGUAUCAAGCUCUGCUCUUCCUCCACUAAGGGAGGGUGAACGUAGUCGUGACAGCCACCACGGCACAAGCCCAAGCGCCCAAGUCGGUCGUCACCAUGCGGACCAAGUUGACGCCGAGCCAGUCCCUCAUGUAGUCGCUGUUAGACUUCUUCCCCUUCCCCUUCCCCUGUCCCUCCGACGACGACGCCUGGCCGCCGCGGUCCUCGAUGAGGGCGGCGACGGACGGCGCGACGAGGGGAACGAAGAGCAGGUGGCCCGUGGCCAGGGCCGCCGUGGCGACGUACCAGGGGAGGGAGCCGCGGGCGCGGAGGAGCGGGCGGGCGAGGUAGAUGGCGCCGACGGAGGACCAGGUGGUGACGCCGAGGAGGCCGACGACCUUCCAGAGGUUGGCCCAGAAGGUGUUGGCGAAGUAAGGGGGCAGGACCUCGUUGGCGCCGCGGACGUUGGGCCGGACCAGGAGGGAGAAGAAGGAGUGCUGGUCGAGGGAGAACCAGAGGGAGCAGGAGGAGGAGAUGAGGGGGGUGGUGAGGAGGAGGGUGGUGGCCUUGGGGGAGAGGAGCUGGGAGGCCAUUGUUGGUUGAUUGGAGGCUUUGGUGAGGUUGUUUUGUAG